CUUUACGACAGCAUGUGACAUGCCAGCUGAUCUCUCCAUCAGAAACGGGAAGGGAAAUCCGAGGUUGCGUGACCUGUGCAGAUUUGGGUGAAGUUCUGUUUUGACUAUCUUCGGGAAGUGAACAUUUACGUUUGAACCGCGCGGCUACAUAGAACAUAAAAUAAAUUACAAAAUAAAUACUUACCCAGGCCUGUCCACUUUUAAGGGAGGAAAUCAAAGAGCAGGAGAGAUGUUUGCCGCGGACGAUGAAGACGGCGAUUUUCUGUCGCCAACUGGAGGGGCAAAGCUGGCCUCUCUCUUUGGGCUGGACCAGGCCACCAGUCAAGGAAACGAGUCCUUCCAGUACACAGCCCCGAGGCAGCCGAAAAAGAACUCCGUCAGUGCCGGGUCCUCAUCCCAAAAGACAGCCCCACCGCAAGGAGCUCCUGCUGUCCUGUUGGCUACGGCAGUCCACGCAUACAGAUAUGUCAAUGGACAAUAUAUGAAGCAAGGAAAGCUGGGAGCUGCGGUGUUGGGAAAUCACACAGCCAGAGAGUACAAGAUCCUUAUUUAUGCCAGUCAACAGAAGCAAGUCACAUCGGCCAAAAUCCACACCGGGUUGAUCUUCACGGUUCAGCCCAGCAACUACUGCACUUUUUAUGACGACCAGCGACAGAACUGGUCGUUGAUGUUCGACUCGGAGAAGAUGGCGGUGGAUUUCUGUAAAGAGGUGAGCAUAGCGAAGGCGAACAGCGCCCCCUCUCUAGAUGCGGUGGUGGUGCAGGACCUGUUGCUGGGAGAGGGGCAGGCCGUGGAGAGCGGAGACUCCCUGGAGGUGGCGUACUCGGGCUGGCUACUGCAGAAUCAUGCCAUCGGACAGAUGUUUGACUCCAACCUGAACAAAGACAAGCUGCUGAGAAUGAAGCUGGGGGCCAGCAAAGUGAUCAAGGGUUGGGAGGAGGGGAUGCUGGGGAUGAAGAAGGGCGGGCGGCGGCUGAUGGUAGUGCCCCCCAGCCAGGCCUACGGCUCCCAGGGCAUCCCCAACCGCGUGCCUGCACACAGCACCCUCAUUUUCGAGACAGAGAUCCGUCGGGUGAAGUUCUCUAAGGACAGCGGGUCAGAUCGCGUGAGUGCCGGAUCACGGGACUCUGCUGCCCCCUCGCCGGCCCCAAGCUUAGACAGCUCUCUGCCCGACGUCUCCACGCAGCCCCCCGCCUCCGUCCCCCCCAAGCCUGGAGAGCCGCCGCUACGAGCAAAGUCCAAUUCCCUGAGCGAACAGCUGGCAAACCCCGACACGACCAAAGCCAGACUGAUCUCCCGUAUGGCCAAGAUGGGCCAACCCAUGCUGCCCUUCCUCGCGGGGGGCGCGUCCUCACAGCCGGACUCCAGCGACUCCGAGAUGGAGGAUCCCAGUGUGUCCCGAAUGAGAGAGAACCCCUCUACCCCCUCCCCCCAGCCUGUGCAGAUUUCAGCUGCCCCACCCGCCUCUGCACAAGUGCCAUCUCGUCCUCUCGCCGGGGUGACUGCCCCCUCCGCUGCACUGCUCCCAGUCGCCCUGACGACCAACCCUCUGCCCCACAUGGCUGCCUCCAACCACGGUUUCCAGCCUUACCCCUACACACAGACCACUGUGGUCCCCUCUCAGCUCCAGCCUGUGGGACAGAUGUACCCCUCACAGACCGUACCAUACCAGGGUGACAUCACUUCCUUCUUGAUGACAGAAGGCCGGCAGCACAACACAGAAGUCAGAAUGGCUGUGGGGAAAGUGGCAGACAAAAUUGACCAGUUGGCUUCAAAGAUGGAUGACCUUCAGAAGCAGGGAGGUUUAUCUAUGGGCUUAUCGAAUGUUUCCAUGGAAACCACCAUGAUCAUGCACAACAUCCAAAGAAUCAUCCAGGAAAACGAAUGCCUCAAGAAGGAGGUGUUUGAAAAGAGCUCACGGAUCGAGGAGCAGAAUCGCAAAAUUGGGGAGCUGAUUAAUCAAAACCAGAGGUACAUGGAGCAGAGUAACAUGAUGAUGGAGCAGAGGAACGAUUCGCUGAAGUCCACCAGUGAACAGAACCAGGCCCGUGUUCUGCAGGCAGAGCAGGACAAGCAUGCACUGCCUCAGGACCAGAGCAGGGACCAGGUGUGGCUGACGGAGGAGCUGGCCUCGUCCACAGCGCGCGUGUCACAGCUGCAGCUGGAGACCUCCACCCAGCAGCAGAAGGCGGCCGAGCUGCAGGCCAAGCUGAGCGCCGCCCUGCAGGAAGGAGAGAAGCACCGCACCCAGCUGGGCCUGCAGGAGACGCAGUUGGAAGAGCUGAAGGAGAGGGCGGAGCGGACGCAGGCUCAGUACCGCACCGAGAAGCAGAAGCGCAAAGAGGGGGAGCUGAAGCUCAGCAACAUUGAGGAGGAACUGCAGGACCUCAAAACCGAGAAGGACAACAUGGACCGUACGCUGGCGGACAGGAAGAGGAAGUGGCAGGAGGAGCGGCAGAGGCGUGAUGAGGAGCUGGAGGAGGUGCGCAGGAGCAACCAGCAGGAGCUGGACAGCCUGCGCUCCCAACUGCGGCGAGCCAGAACCAGCACAGACCAGGCCGCUGCUGAGCAGCUGGCCCAGUUGCAGGCCGAGCUGGAGGCAGAGUGGAAGGGGAGGUGUGAGCAGGCCCUGGCCUCGCUGAAGGAGCAGCAGGGCCGGGAGGUGGCUGACCUGACUGAGCAGAGGGACGCUGUGGAGCACAGACUGGCACAGCUGCAGGAGAAGUUCUCAGCGCUGAAACAGUCCCGGGAUUCCGAGGAGCAGCAGCUGCUGCAGCAACAGGAGCAGGGCGAGGAGCUACAGGCCAUGAGGGAGAAGUACACGGCCCUGCAGGAACGGGCGCAGUCUGUGAAGAUGCAGCUGGAGGCGCGGGUGGCAGAGGCAGAGGGGAGGUUGGCCGAGCAGGACCAAGGGGACACGGCGGGGGAGGUGAAGCGUGUGAUGAACGGGGUGUUCCACUCCCUGCGAGGGGAGUUCGACCUGCAGGAAACCUACACCGGCCAUGCUGUGCUGGGGAUCCUCGUCACUACCAUCAAGAACGUUACCCUUCAGAUCCUAACGGAAAAAGAACGGACGCUAUCGCAAAGAAGCGAGAGCAAUGGGCCAGAGGAAGAGGAGGAGGAGGAGGAGGAGGAGGAAGACGCUGCUGUGAGCUCGAGAGAUGAGAAACCCCUGCAGGCAGCGCAACAGAACGGGAGGGAAGAGGAGGAAGAGGAGCCGGAGGAGGGGACGCCCUCAGCGCUGACGAAAGAAGACCACGGUGUGCAGGUUGAGGAAGUCCCCCCUCAACAGCCGGAGGGGAAGGGGCUCGAUGUGCCCCCGGCAGACCUGCCCCCGGUGGACGUGCCCCCGGCAGACCUGCCCCCGGUGGACGUGCCCCCGGCAGACCUGCCCCCGGUGGCAGAAAAAGAGCAGCAGGCGCAGGAGGAGCUGACAGCGGGCGGUGACCGGGAUCCGGAGCAGGAAGCGAGAGCCACAGAGACGUCACCUCAGAUUGGGAGCUCAGCAGAAGCAGCCAAAGAAAUUGGCGCACAACUCACGGAAACGCCCGCCCCUGAGGCGAAAACCCCUGCCCCUGAGCCCAAAACGACUCCAGAUGUGCAGGCCGAGGUUGUGGAGAAGGAGGUAAAGGAGGCGGACAAGCAAUGUGUAAAUGAUGAAGGUCCCUUAAGCAACAUGGAAGUAACAGAAGCAGCUCCUCUGGGUCCUCCCACCGAGCCCCCACCUCCACCUAACACCCUGCAGCAGGAGGACAUGAAGGUGGGAACCUCUGCCAGUUUGACUGAGGGAGUAGAAGAGGAAAAUGGAGCGGAGCCAUUUUUCCCGAAUGCAGCCCCAACCAAGCCCCCCCCACCACCCACUGAGGAGGAGGACGAUGAGCUGAGCCUGAAGGGCCGGCCGCCUCCGGCACCGCUCUUUGGUGAUGACGACGACGAUGACGACGACCUCGACUGGCUGGGAUGAGGAGGAAACUAAAUAUGGCGGCAGUGUGUUUGAGUACCUAAGAGAAUGCGUGUACAUAUGUGCACAUGUCCCUGGAGGACCAGAAGAACCAUUUUUCUGGGAAAAUGCAUUCACAACUGUCCUGAAAAAAGAUAUUAUGUGGAGAAACACGGUGAUGGGAACUCCCUCCUUGAAUCCACGGCGCCCCCUCUGCAUCGGAGGAAUGAACUCAGUCUGACGACCAUGAGAAAGGAGCCUCUGUGUCAGUCCUAACUGUACUACCACAGGGCUGGACCUUUAUGGUUAGUCUGACAGACUCUUGAACACUGACGGUUUGAAAUGCUGAUGUUUUGACCUUGAAGGGGAACUGUGGAGUUGAACUGGCCACUUCUGCUGCCUGAAAAUACAUUUUAAUAUUAGAAUUUAAAAAAUCAAUACUACCGCUAAACUUUGCCCACAUUUUUCAAAUGGUUUUCAAAGUUUUUCUCACUUAUUUUACUGUGGAUCUUGUGGUUUGAUACGGUUUUAAACCAGAAGAGAAUCAAAUUGAAAAAACCCAAGGUGUUAUGAUUAUGACGAGUAUUGUUUGUUCCUGAAAUAAUUUUGCUAAUUCCAGACUAAGUAGCAAAGCAGCCUUUUACAGGAUAUUUGAGGUGGUUUUUUUAUUGUCAGUUUUUCUUUUCUCAAAACUAAUUUCUGGAAAGUUCUGAUUGAGAGGAAAUGCACCGCUUACAGCAUGUAAUGGUGUCUUUUGUCCCUGAAUCAUUUCUGGAAAAAUCAAGAAGCAAUGCAGUUUAUAACCCGCUCCUAAUAACAGAACAGCGCACUGUAACUGGAACUCCAAAGAGAUGUUGUGUUCUUCUCUAACAUAGACUUGGUUGUUCUCCUGGAUUAAUAAAAUGCUGCAUUUUCAUAAAA